GUAAGAGAGAGCACCGGCCGUCAGAUCGGGGGCUGAGAUUCGUGGUGUGCGGGGGUGGCUAUCCGUACAACGAACAAGGGUUCCACGAAAAAGCUUUCAGUUACGCAAAAGUGGUGGGCUCGUUCGAUACCGAAAAUUCUCUCUUUCUCUCCUUUUUCUCAUCCCUCUCUUGUUCCACGAAAAAAAAAAUUUAGUGCCGUUCAAAAAAAUCCCCCCUUAAAUACAACUUUUCGAUAUCACUGCCAGAAUUUUUUUUUUGGUUCUUUAAAAUACGAAAUGGAAAUUUUAAAAGUGAGAGAUGUGAGGUUUUUCAAGUGAUCAAAAAAACACAGUGCUCUUGUUUUUUGAAAUUCAUUUCCAAUAAAGGGAAUCAAGAAUUGUGAGGAUAUCAAUGCGGCAUGUCUUCCGUGGUGAUCGCCGAAAAGUCGCAUUUCACGAGGCACAGAACGCGACGUCUCACACGUCGUGAAAAAUGGCCCCUACAUCUGGCAUUUAUUCUCAUUUAUUUUUUAAUUCAUUUGAUUUCAUCAUCGACAACAUCGCCAUUAAACGUUGGGAAUUUAGUUUCAAAUACAACGACAAUAUCGUCAACAAUGGAAACGGCGAUAAAAUCGUCCCAGUUAAAUUCCAAUCAGUUUGAAAAUGAAAAGGACAAAAACAAUGACAAGAAUAAAGGAUUACCCCCUCAGGAUCAAGUGAAGGAAAAUAAUUUUAAUGAAAAUACAAAGUCACCGGAGAGCGAAAAAGAAAAUGAAACAAAAGAAAGUGAAAAGACAAGCAAGGAUAAUGUGAUAGACGAUAAAACAAUGGGAAAAGAAAAUACGGAGCCUGAUCGUAAGGAUGAAGAUGAGAAGAGCGAUGGGAAUGAGAAGAUUUCAGGAAAAAUUCCAAAUUCAACAAGUGAACCUUCAAUUAUAUCAACGACAAGUAUACCUGAACAUUCGACAGUGAGGCCUAAAAGAAUAAAUUGUUCAGCGCCAGCCAUCGAACAAUUUCCGAGACCAUUGAUGGGCCCCAGUGCCAGGAAACAUGGUGGUCUUAUCAUUCACAUAUUAGUCGCAGCCUAUACUUUUCUUGGUCUUGCCAUAGUCUGUGAUGAUUACUUCGUAUCCAGCCUCGACAGGAUUUGCGAGAGACUAAGAUUAUCACCAGACGUGGCAGGGGCAACAUUCAUGGCUGCAGGAUCGUCUGCACCAGAAUUGGCAACCGUUGUAAUAGGAGUCUUCUUUGCGCAAGACGAUAUUGGCGUGAGUGGAGUCAUCGGAAGCGCAGUAUUCAACAUAAUGUUUGUAAUAUCCAUCUGUGGCUUGUGCACAACAACAGUAUCUAAAUUAAAUUGGUGGCCCCUUUGUCGUGACUCGUUCUUCUACGCUGUUUCCAUUUUAGUUAUGCUCGGCACAAUAUCCAACGAGAUAAUUUCAUGGCCUGAAGCGCUUUUCAUGCUUAUCAUGUACGUUGUUUAUUGCGUCACUUUGUCGUAUAAUGCAUCGUUGGAACGUUGGGCAAAAUCCUAUGAUCUUCCAUUCCUACCGAAAGAUGAAGAGCCAGCAGAACAGAGCGCAUUAGUUACAUAUAAAUCCUUACAAGAGGAGAGAGUUUCAUACACUGCGCCCAGUUCUCCAACACCGGUUGAUCCAUGGAAAAAUCCAGUUGAUAAUGUACUGAAUGCUUGGGAUGAUCCUCAACAACAGGAACAGCAAAUGCAACAGCAGCAACCUAUUCAGCAACAACCACAACCUCAACAACAGCAGCAACAACAACAAGCACAACCGGCGGCGCCAAUUGCAGCGAAACCGCAAUAUUACAAGGCGAAGGAAUACGAUCCAAAUGAAGUUUCACCAUUGGAGAAACCAGUUGAUGGUACACGAUUUCAAAUUUUCUCCUGGGCACUCGUCUAUCCGAUUCACUAUAUGUGUCGAUUUACAAUGCCCGAUGUCAGACAGGAGAAGUAUAAGAGAUUGUAUCCCUAUACAUUCUUCAUGUCAAUGAUGUGGAUCAGCUUUUACAGCUAUAUUAUGGUGUGGAUGAUAACAAUAAUAGGUAGCACACUUGGAAUUCCUGACACUGUUAUGGGUCUGACUUUCGUCGCGGCAGGUGUAAGCGUACCUGAUGCACUUUCUUCACUGGCUGUUAUCAAAGAGGGCCUCGGCGAUAUGGCCGUCAGCAAUGCAGUCGGGAGUAAUGUCUUCGAUAUUUUAGUUUGCCUCGGUCUUCCGUGGUUCAUUCAGACUGCAAUUAUUAAACCCGGCUCACACGUUAAUGUCACCAGCAGAGGUCUGACCUAUUCGACCCUUUCUCUACUUUCGACAGUCAUAUUUUUGGUAUUAGCGACACACAUGAAUGGCUGGAAAUUAGAUCGACGUUACGGUAUUGUACUGAUGGUUUGGUACUUGAUAUUCAUUGUGUUCGCUUCAUUGUACGAAUUGAAUGUUUUCGGACAAAUGAAUCCACCAGCAUGUCCAAGUAUAUAUUAAAAUUUUUUCAUUCGAAUAUUUUUUUUAAUCUCAAUUAAUUUUUAAACGAUAAAAUAUUUGCAUCAUUCAGACGAAAUUUAUUGUAUUCUUAUUGAAAGUAAUAGUUCGCAACAAAAAAGAAGAAGAGGAAGAAAUGAAAAAGAAAGAAAUGGAAGAAAGAAAGAAAUAGAAGAAGAAAAGAAAAAUAAUGAAAGAAAAGAAAAGAGGAGAAAAAAAGAAAAUUAAAAAAAUAGAAGAGAAGAAGAAGAGGAAAACUGUAUUAAUUAUUAACGAGGAAAAAUAGAAAAUAGAAUUUGAGACAUAAUUGCAAGUAGAGGAAGAUUUUUAAUAUCAGAAAGACGGCUAAAGGAAAUAAAAGUAGAAAAAUAGAAGUAAACGAAAAAUUAGAACAAGUUAAUGAAAAGUGAUUUGAAACUAAAAAGGAUUUUAACAUUUCCAUAUUGCAGAUGAAGAAUAAAAGUAGAAAACAAAAGAAAAGAGAAUAUGGAAAGAAGAAAAAAAUAAAAAAAGAAGCGAAGAAAUAUCUAAAAAAACUGAAGAAAGAGAACAAAAAUAUAACAACCUUUGGAAAGAAGAAAGGAAAACAAUUUCAUUAAAAAAAGGAUAAACUAACCAAAGAAGAGGUACAAAUAGAAGAAAAUGCAACAGGCAAAAAAGAACAAAAAAAAUAGAAGAAUACAAAAGAAGAAAAAUAGAAGAGGAAAUAAUUUCAUUCUAGAAGCUGGGAAACAACCAAAGAAAAAGAA